GGCUGCGUGGAUCAUCCGCCCGUGAAGGGGGCCAGGCUGUGCCCAGGCGUGAGGGUGGGGGCAGAGCAUGGGCCCCGUCCAGGAGGCAGGCUGCCUUCACUCCAGCCAGCAGCUCCCUAUGGACCCUGGGCUCUUGGCCACUGGAGUUCUCUGAGAAAUCUCAUGUUUAAAACCAUUUUGUGGGGCCAAAGGAAAAGGCCCACAGGCCUCCAAUUUUCAACCCCAUCCCCUCCCUCGUAUUUGGGGACCCUCGACUGCUGCUGGUCCUGUCUGCCGUCUGAAUCCUUCCCAGAUCACCUCAACCCCUCAGGACCUCAUGUCCUUUGACCUCUUAGCCAACUAGAUGUCUCCCGCAGGGUCCUCACAGGGGUGCGGUGUGGAGUAAGGAGGGGAGUCAUGCCUGCCCGAGCCUCCCUGGGUCUGCUUGUCUGACAGUGGGGGCUCUGAGUCCCUUAGGCCCCCAUGGGGAUUCGGGAGAUGAUGCUGUGUAGAGAGCUGAUUCGUGUGCACGGGAAGCACUUGGCAAAUAACUGACAAGUCUGGAGUGCGUCUAUAGCAGCAGCUGCAGUUCUGAGAUAGAAACCGAAGGAAGCGAAAGACUGAAACCGAAGAACAGGAAGUGCACAGAGACUCACGCAGGUCUCAGGAGCCCCGCACGUUGGGCGUUUUGAACGUUCAUCACUGCUGGAAUGUGUCUUCACCAGAGCGGGCUGUCCUUCCCGGGACGGGGCUCUCCCAUGAUGCGUUUUUCCUCUCUAACUGAGCCGGCAGUUCCCGCUCAGUGUGUGUCCCGGACCGGCAGCAUCAGCCUCACCUGGGGCUCGUGAGAGGUGCGGCACGCACAUUCCCGACCUGGACUCCAUCCUCAGGGUCAUGCAGCCCCCACCCCCCAAAUAACAUCUCUCCAGGAAUGUCCGACUUCCAGUACCUGGCGGUGCACACGGAGGCGGACGGCAGGCAGAUGUCCAUGUACGACAAGGUGCUCAUGCUCAAGCCCCAGAAGGAGAGCUUCUUCCACCAGGACCUGCCGCUCUACAUCCCCCCGCCCAUCUUCUCCAGGCUGGACACGCCGGUGGACUAUUACUACCGUCCAGAGACGCAGCACCGGGAAGGCUACAACAAUCCCGCCAUCUCGGGCGAGAACCUGAUUGGCCUGAGCAGGGCCCGGCGCCCCCACAACGCCAUCUUUGUCAACUUUGAGGGGGACGAGGUGCCCGAGCGGCCAAUGGAGGCCGCGGUCCAGACGUGGAAGAAGGUCUGCACCAACCCCGUGGACCACAGAGUGGAGGAGGAGCUGAGGAAGCUGUUUGACAUCCGUCCCAUCUGGUCACGCAACGCCCUCAAGGCCAACAUCAGCGUCCACCCUGACAAGCUCAAGAUCUUGUUGCCCUUCGUGGCCUAUUACAUGAUAACAGGCCCCUGGAGAAGCCUGUGGAUUCGAUUUGGAUUUGACCCCCGAAAACGCCCAGAGGCCAAGAUUUAUCAAGUGCUUGACUUCCGAAUCCGAUGUGGAAUGAAAUACGUUACUUGCGGCUCCUGCCGUGCAGGCCAGGCAUCCGGUCAGUGUCCGUCCCCCGCCUGCGGUUACGCCCCCAGCGACAUGCCCGUCAAGGCCAAGCGCAGCACCUACAACUACAGCCUCCCCAUCACCGUCAAAAAGACCAACCCCUGCCGUGGUCCCCUCGCAGCCAGCCAGCUCGUCACCAUGCAUGACCUGAAGCAAGGCCUGGGCCCUUCAGGGUCGGCCAGUGCACAGAAGUCGAGUCCCAACAAGUACAAGCUCAAGGACUCGGUCUACAUCUUCCAGGAGGGGGCCUUGCCGCCGUACCGACAGAUGUUCUACCAGUUCUGUGACCUGAACGUGGAGGAGCUGCAGAGAAUCAUUCACCGCAACGACGGGGCGGAGAGCUCGUGCACCGAGCGCGAUGGCUGGUGCCUCCCCAAGACCACGGACGAGCUGAGGGAUACCAUGUCCCUCAUGAUCCGGCAGACCAUCCGCUCCAAGAGGCCUGCCCUCUUCUCCAGCCCGACCAAAGCGGACAGUGGGAAGGAGCAGCUGACCGGCGAGUCGGGGGAAGACGAGGAGGAGGACGAGGAGGAGGAGGAGGAGGAGUUCAAGCCGUCCGACGGGAGCGAGAACGAGAUGGAGACGGAGAUCCUGGACUACGUGUGACGCGGCCGGGCCCCGCCCAGGCCCGCUGAGGGCCGGCACGCGGCAGGGACCCCAGCGCCGCCUGCAGCAGCCAGCACGGCCCUAGGCGGCCCGUCCGAGGAGGGCAGCGGGGUGCGCUGCCCCUG